AUGGCCGUUCCCACGCUGCCCGAGUCAGCAUACUCCGCCCUCGGGCUGCCUCCCAGUGUUGUCAGGAUCCUGAUGAACCCUAAGCCACCGCCGCCGCCACCCUUGCUGGCGCCAGAGCUGCACCAGAACGAGACCGACUUUGCCCAGCGCCUGCCGGAGAAUGGAUCUCACAUCAUGCUGUAUGCAGAGUUACUGCUGCACGUGCGCACCAUCACGCUGUUUGCGAGCUUGCGCAGCAACCACAUGAGGGGAACCAAGGUGCUGCUCAACGCAGCCGGCAACGUGAUUACGGUGUCGCAUGAGGGGUACAGUGCGACUAUACGACUCCCAGUCAAGGUCGACGGCAAAGGCGAUGCUGCGCUCGAGUUGCCCGCGCAGCCGCCGAGCAAAGAGCUGACGCUGCGGCUGCAGCUGGAAGAGCAGGAUGACAGCGACAUGCUGGGGCUUAUGGCCGAGUCGCGUAAAGCGAAUAUCGUGCCUUGGGACGGCGUGGCGCUGAGCAAGCAAGACGGCAUCGAGCUUAGGUGCAAGAACUGCGAGGGUGUGUUGCUAGAGAGGGGUGCAGUAAGAGAAUGGAAAGACCUGCCGAAUGAGAAUUGGGCGGAGAUGAUGGACUUCUGGCAUUGCCACAAGCCCGAUGAGCAUCAUCUGCAUGAUCAUACACACGAGGUUGGCGGACAAAAAGGGUACGCUGCGGGGAAUCGCCUGCAGGCAGCACAAGGGGUGGGGUUUGUGGACCUCACAGGCUUUCUGCUGAAGACACAGGACUGCGUGGGCGCAAAGGUUUCUUCUGAAGAAGCACUAUCAGAUGUAGCCGUCACAUGCAAACAUUGCGGACACACGCUCGGCAAGCAAGACACAGCAGCAGACGGCUGGCGGAUAUGGAAAUGGUGUCUCAGUAUCUCGUCCGGCCUAACAGCCUCGCCCUCAUACAGCACAUACAGUGUCCAGAAGUGGAUAUCUGCGCGGCUGCUGUACCUUAUCGACAACGUCGGCGUGCGCAAAUUCCACAUUCACCAUCCACCAUCUCCCACUGUAUCAACGGCAGCAGCCACAUCGCCUUCCCCAACGCCUUCCAUUCUCGUUUGGGUCUUCACCCCAGAUCUCAUGUUCUCGUCUUCGAUCGUACGCCCACAUCGCACAGACCCAACCAGGGCGAUCAAGUGCUUCUUUCAAAAGCAGACCUGGGCACCAUUGCAGCCUGGCGAGCCAGAGAGCGCAACAAUUGAAGAUGUGGAAUUUCCAGCAGAACUGUAUGAAGAGUUGGAAAAGAGUCUGGAUGAGAGCCAGGAUGUGGUGCCGCCGACAGCAAGAAAGUUCCAAGGAUGGGAUGUAGGGUUGUUGGAGAGGUUCGAUGUUGGCGAGGAGGUGCUAGAGGAACAGGAUGGAGCAGCUGAGGCGAUGGAAGGGGUGGAAGGACUAGGGCUGGGUGACGAGAGAGAGAGGAGAGGCAGAGAGUUGCGGCGGUCACUGUCACAAGAGUCCCUUGACUGA